UAGAGAUAGAGAUAGAGAUAUAGAGAUAGAGAUAGAUAAGCCAAAGGCCUCCGGCGUCACUCCCGGGUGUGACUUGUGAGGAAGAUGCAGGUAGCCGUUUAUUCUUCUUCUUCUUAUUGCUCCGCUCUCACUCCGCAUUUAUUCAUGGCUUCCAAUUCCAAACCCAAGACCAAGCUGAUCACAAGAGGCUGUGGACCAUCGUCGUCUUACAAGAAGAAGAAGAAGAAGAAGGUGCUUUGUCAGAUUGAGCUCAAACCGCCUCCUUAUCCAACCAACGCAUUGGAGCCAUACAUUAGCCGGGAGUCGUUGGAGUACCAUUGGAGCAGGCAUCACAGAGGCCAUGUCCACAGCCUCAACAAGCAGAUUGCUGGGACUGACCUCGAUGAUAUGCCAUUGGAGGACAUCAUUCUCACUUCCUAUAAUAAGGGUCAUUUCCUCCCUUCUUUCAACCAUGCUGCCCAGGUCUGGAACCAUGAUUUCUUCUGGCAAUCCAUGAAGCCAGGUGGUGGAGGACGUCCCUCCGGCCAACUUCUACAAUUGAUUGAAAGGGACUUUGGCUCACUUGAAAGAAUGCUGAUGGAACUCAAGGCUGCUGCAUCAACACAAUUUGGGUCUGGCUGGGCUUGGCUUGUGUACAAGGCAAACAAAUUAGAUGUGGGGAAUGCUGUGAAUCCCCUCCCCUCGGAGAAGGAUAACAAACUUGUUGUUGCAAAGACUCCAAAUGCGGUGAAUCCGUUGGUCUGGGACUACUCUCCACUCCUUGCUAUUGAUGUCUGGGAGCAUGCCUACUACCUUGACUAUGAGCACCGGCGGGUUGACUAUGUAUCAACUUUCUUGGAGAAGCUCGUCUCUUGGGAAGCUGUAUCAUCCAGGCUUGAGAUGGCAAUGCAAAGAGCAGCGAAGAGAGCAAGAGAAGAAGAGAAGAAAAGAAUGGAGGAAGAUGAUAUGAUAAUAGGGGACAAGAAAGCUAUGGAGGUAUACUUGAACAGUGAUGAAGAUUCUGAGACUGAAUGAUAACACAUGCAAUCUUUUUCAAAGAUUCAUUGACAUAGUUUGAAGACUUUAUUGCAUGCCCGAUACAUAUUGGGUUACAACACAUCUGAUUGCAACAGAGAUGACCAUGUUGUUCAACUUGUAACUGCAUCUUUGUAAAUGAUUUUGGUUCCAGAAGCACAAAAUGAAACUCCAUUGUGUAUUAAUUUGUUA